UCCACUCCCCAAAGAAUAUCAUCCCGAUUUCCAUCAAAGAAGAAAGCUACAGUUAGCAGUUACAAAGACAAGAAAAGCAAAAAAAAAAGGUUCAUUUGCCAAAAAAUGGAGGUGGGUAUGUCGUUAAAUGCGCUGGUGAGGCUUCCUUUGUCUACUACGUCAAGAACACAGCACGAAGCAGUCAAUGGGUUGGUGAAGCACUCGCUAUUCAGUUCCAGAACAACGACGUGGCAGCAGCUGCAGCAGAGUAGGAGACGGCAACAGAGAGGAGGGAUGCUUGUGAUAGAAGCCAAAGGGAAGAAAGGAAUGGCAGCUCGUCGGUUUCAAAGGCCUCCACCUCCUCCUUUGCCUAAGAUUGAAGAAGAUGGCAACCCUCGCUUUGUCAUCUUCAUCCGCAUGGCCAAUGUUAAUCUUUGGUACCCACUUAGUCUUGUUUCAGGUGGCACCACUGCUAAAAUCAUGGUUGCGGCAAAGGACAAUUUCCUUGGAAAAUACAUCUAUAAAGAUACACUUGCUAGAAAUCUUGCAGCAGUUAUUUACAGAGAUGAGAAGGAGAUACAAAAGACAGCAUUUAAACAAUUCCGUGUAUUGCGAUCUGCAACUGAGUUCAGAUAUGGCUACAAACUUGUUGAAAAUGGUAAUAUGAGAGCUGCACUUUCUACCAAUAAUGUUAUUGAGCUGCCAACACAAGACCAGCUUAAAACAGUGCUAGAUAAAGUGAAAGACUUCUUUGGUGAUGCAAAAGAGUCUUUUGGGAAGAUAACAGAAUUAAAUUCUGCCAAACCUGAGGAGUAAGAGGAAAAAUCUACAGAAAAGGGCCAAGUUAAAGGUUGAGGAUAUAGACUAGCCAUUUGGUUGUCAUAGUCAUUGGUCCUUGAUUUGGAUGCUUCAUUUGCUCCAGGAAUGUUUCAAGCAAAAGUGAUGAGCUCAAAAAUUCUGCUGCUAAGUUUUGUUCAUGAUUAUAUGUUCUAUUGCGCACAAUUUUUUUUUUAAAGUACAUCGUCCACAAAUGUUACCUUCUAAGGUAAUGUUAAUGUUUAGAACUAUCUUCACCUUUUCAUACAAGCAAGGACCUUCCUAUCCGAAAAAAGAGAUGCAUAAAGAGCAAAGACCAAAACAUUAACAUUUAACAGUCUUAAAAUUUUGGCAUCGGAAGUUGUAUGUAGCAUUACAUUGUAGUAUCAACUAUGACUUGCAUUCAAGUAAAUAAAAUAGCCAACUAAAAAGAUUGAAUUUCAUUCACAUGAACAUAUUACUCUCCCUAAACGGAUUGCUGCUUCUUUCCACCAUUAGCAAUUUCGUUUCUUAAAUGUUUGUCUUUUUUUUUUUUCCCUGACCUAACAAACACAUUUUCCUUUUGGAGGGUUAAGUUAAUACCCAAUAUAUAGUCUUUGAAUAAUGCUUGCAGCAAUGAUACUUAAAAGAUAUGGAGGACAAAAGGUGGUUGAACAUUCUCCAUCAAUUUCAAAAUCAAAGUUUUUGUUUUGACAUGAGAAAACUGUUGCCCACACUGGAUUGUCUGCCUCCAUGGCUCCGACACCAAUUUUUUUUUUUUCUUUUCUUUCAUGGCUUCCAAAUUCAUAUUAGUAGCCAAGCUAAACUAAUAUGAAAAUAUAAAGCUUUAGAGAUUCUCUAAAUCCAGAGUACCCACAUUUUUCUGUCCUGACAUAUGAAUAUGAGCAUGAGCUAUUAGCAAUAAUCAUCUAUAAAAGAAAAAGAAAAAAGGACCUGGACGUUAGGAAGAUUUUAAAUUUCAACAAAUGGGACCCAUUUGAUUUAUCAGGUCGAACCAGAUCAGAUCUAUCUUACUUAAAAGGAAAUCAAUCAUCAGAUUCUUUACGAACAUAGAUUCAUAGGAAAAGAAAAAAAUAGAGUUACGCUUGUACCCAUUGUUUAGCGUGGACAUUGAAAUGGACCCAUGACCAUGAACCUAGUGAGAAAGAGGCCUGUGUUUCAAAUAACGGUUAGAAGAGGGAGCCUCUCUUGGUGGGUUUCUUUUUUGCUUGCAGAAAGAGUGACAGAGGUUGAAACCGUGAAGCGCAAGAGUGAACUGAAGGAGGGGAGCAAGAGAAGAGAAUGGGAAACUAAAAGAGAAAAAAAAAAAAAAAACCCUUGGGUGGUUUUGGAAAUGGGUGAAUCCGCUUGUCUUGUAAGAUCAUUUUCUAAUCCUGCAGAUAUUUCUCGUGAAGCUAAAGAGGUCGUCAGUUUUGUGAACAAAAAACUGAAACUUCAAUGAUAAAAGCUGUUCCCUUUUCUAUGUUUACUUAAUGGGAUCCCCUGAUUCAGUUGUUUUAUUUUACUAAUACUUGUUUGGUUGCAGGGAAAUUAUGGGAAAGUGGAUACUUAUAAGAGAUCUGAAUGACGCAUUAGGGUUGUUAUUAAUGACCCUUUCCUUUCAGUCUCUCAGUAACCAAAUAGAACGUAUUAUGAUCGCUUGACAUUCCAAUGCUUUCCCUAAGAAAAUUUUUUAUUAUGCUGUUUCCUUUUUCUUCAAUUUUUGUAUCAAUGAAUAGAAACUGAAUCAGCACUUUUAGGGCCUAUCUUUGAAGAAUUUGGUCAGGAAACUGAUGCAUGAUUUUGAACCAGAGGGUAAUCCAAUUCGUGCUCUCACAGAAUCAGUAUCUCUCGGCAGAUUUAUUUCAGAAUCGCUGGCUUGGCAGAAAUGGUCAACCUUCUCUCAUAAUCGUUACUUGGAAGAAGUGGAAAAGUUUUCAAAGCCAGGAUCCGUUGCUCAGAAGAAAGCUUAUUUUGAAGCUCAUUACAAGAGAAGAGCUGCAAUGAAGGCAACGGCCUUGCUCGAGCAAGCAAAUACUAUUUACCAGUGAUGCCUCUGAAAUGGGAACUAUAAAUGCAGCUUCAGCUGACUCUUCCUUGAAUACAGAUUCAGCCAAUGCAAACAGCUCUUUGUCUAUGAAUCAACAGGAGAAAGAUGUUUCUGAUGCUGAUGUAGAUGCAGGCAAUCUUAAUGUUGGAAGAGAAAAUAUGAUGUUACUGAUGUGGAAAGAGGUCAGGCAGCAAUGGAACAAGCUGUGAAUAUGGAGAACACCCAGGUUGAAAAUUCAAAGGCUCUUGAAAAUGUUGACAACCAUGGCAUUAUUAUGGCAACCCCAGAUAAAAAGAUUCCCCAUAAGGAAUGCACCGACCAGAAGAACUUGACUUCAUCAAGCAAGAAAAGGCAAAUAAAUUUUUUGUCAAAGUCAUCAACUCCCAGCAGCGCAUCCAAACUUCCAUUGCAUCCUUCUAAACGAGGGCUUCAGCACAAGCCAGGAGUGAUGAUGGUAUUGCUAAGUCCCCGGUAAGCUCAAAUGACAAGAAGAAAACAAUUCAGAACUUGCUCCACAUGUCAAUAAUUUUGCUUCUGGUGCCAGUAAAACUAGUUAAACAUUGCUCAGAAUGCGAAAAGAUUGUUCAAAUCCUCUACAAACCCCAACCAGGGCAUUGAAGAAAGCUGCUGGUCAAGAGAAUUUAACUCCAGCAAGUGGAAAAAGACAAUCAAAUUCCACAUCGAAGUUAUCCAAUCAUGGUGGACUGUGCAAACAAGCAACUUCAGGAAUUGGAAAUAACCAUGCUCUUAUUGAUGAAAAGUCUUUAGUAGACUCAAAUGUGCAGAGGAGAAUAGUUAAAAAAUCCCUUCAAAUGUCAAUGAAUUUCACUCCGCUUACUGGUGAAACCACUAAAACAUCACUCAAGAUAUCCAGAGAAAGUUUGACUCUACAAACUCCAAGCAGGGCAUCUGUUAAUGGGGUUCCAAAGUAUGCUUCAAAAGUUCUUCAUUCACAAGACAAAAGGACUAGAGCAGUACUCAAUAACUCAGUUUCAGGAGGGGUAGCUGGAGAGUUUUUGCUACUUAGCCUUUUGACAUCUUUUGCAUUUUGGGGAUGUCUGAAAAUUAAUCUAG